UGUGUGUAGAAGAAUUAGAAAAAUCCAAUGGAGUUGGUUAAUGAGGAAAACAUAGAUGAGCUAAUUCAAGCUCAAUCUCAUAUAUGGAAUCAUACAUUCAACUUCAUAAAAUCCAUGGCAUUAAAAUCUGCAAUUCAACUAGCCAUACCGGACACCAUCAACCGCCACGGUAAACCGAUGACUCUUUCCGAGCUCGCACUUGCCCUCGGAGUCCAUCCAACUAAAACUCAUCAUCUCUACCGUCUCAUGCGUCUUCUCAUCCAUUCAGGUUUCUUCAAGUACACGCAAACUCAUAGUGGACAACAAGGCUAUACCCUAACUUUAGCUUCACGUCUUCUUCUUAAAGAGAAUAAUCUUUUUGAUUUAAGCCCCUUCAUAUCUAUGCAUCUUGAGCCAGUUCUUUUAGAACCGUUUAAUCAUUUAACCGCGUUUCUUCAAAAUGAUGAUCCGUCGGCUUUUAAAACCGCCUUUGGCGAGCAGGCUUGGAGUUAUGGAGAGCAGGAUUUGGGGGUUGCUAGUGUGUUUUAUGAAGCAAUGGCGAGUGAUAGCUUAAUGAUGGGUCGGGUUGUGAUGGUUAAGUGUAAGAAUGUGUUUGAGGGGUUGAAAUCGCUGGUUGAUGUUGGUGGUGGCACUGGAAAUAUGGCUAAGGCCAUUGCUGAAACUUUUCCAAGCUUAAAUUGCACAGUUUUGGAUCUUCCACAGGCAGUUUCUGAGUUGAAAGGUAGCAAUAAUUUGAGUUUUCUUGGGGGUGACAUGUUUCAGAGUGUUCCUCCAGCUGAUGCAAUUUUACUCAAGUGGAUAUUGCAUGACUGGGGUGACGAAGACUGCAUAAAAAUACUUAAAAACUGCAAAGAGGCAAUACCAAGAAAUGGCAAAGUAAUAAUCAUAGACAUUGUUAUGGGAAACCAUGAGAACUGGACUGAAACUCAGCUCUUGUACGACAUGGAAAUGAUGGCUUGCGUUUCGGGCAAGGAGAGAAAUGAGAAAGAAUGGGCUAAGCUUUUCCUUGAUUCUGGCUUCACCACCUACAAAAUUCACAAUGUGCUUGGCCCUAGAGCUCUCAUUGAGGUUUAUCCCUUCAAACCGAACCGAACCGAACUGGUUUCCUCUUUAUAAUUAUUCAAGAUCAUGAAGCAAUAUUACGUGUGUUUUAGCUAAAUAAUACAAAAGUAACCUUAGUAGUGUGGUUGUGUUGUAAGGACAAACUAUUUCUUUAAAUUGAAAUUUUUACGUUUUUUUUAUUAA